AUGACUUCUGCGCCCUCCCAAGGAGACCCGAACCCGGCUCGACCGAGUCAGGAGCGGAGGUCGCCUGCGGCUCUCAACAUCCCGCCCUCAGAUCGUCAUCCUGGAAGUCCGACUCUAGCAGUACAUUCCCCACGUUCUGAUGAUCCACAUAGGCCGCCUAGACAUUCGGAAAGGCGUGGUGAUAGUAACGCGAGAGGAGGAUAUCCACGUCACCGGAGCCAUCCGCAGCCGCGACCUCACGGAACGCACUCGCGCGGAGGGAGGCCGCAGAAUGGGCAUCGGCGACAGGAUAGAGAUCCACCCAGGACCUUAGAGGAGCUGCAGAACGAGACUCGCCGACUCAGCGCCCGUUUAGAGGCGUCCGAAAAGCGCGAGCGUCAGGCAAAGGCAGCAGUCGAAGAGAUGGAAAACGCGUUCCAAGCUUUGCAGCUCUCACAUACCUCGACGAUAGCCUUGCUCGACGUGAGGACUUCCGAGCUCUGCGCAGCAGAGAAGUUCCUCGCUCGAGUCGACAGCUAUUCCGAUGCUGACAUCACGCGGCUCGUUCAGGAGCUCAAUGGCCACAUUUUCCAGGUGGCGGCGCAGAUCGCUGAUUACGUACCAACUUUGACUGCUGGAGAAGCAGGGAGGGACUUGGAUGAAGCAAAAAUGGAGGCAAUGGCCAAACUCUUGGGUCCGAACAUGCUGGACAUCUUGUUGUCGCGGCAGCACGGUAAUAACAUGAUUUGCAUCGAAAUCGCUGUGCAAGCGUGCAUCUCGACACACUUGACUUGGCUCAUCCGCUUGUGGUCUCUGAAUCGCGACGUUGAGUCCGUGCUGUUCGGAAUGGUCUAUAAGGAAAUGCGAAAACACGCCACUGACCAGAAUCAUGCAGAGGAGCAACCAGUCUUUGGCCGCUGGAGGGCUUUAUCCCGAUCCUAUAUACGAGCCGUCUCUGAGAGUCAGUCCAUAGCAAUCAACAUUACGAAAAUCUUGGUCGGCGACGUCGCCAGCAUAGCAUCUCUAGCUGGAGCGAGAGGCACCCGAUCCUGCCUGAACAAAACUAUUGGCGCGGCGUUUGGAAGCAAGAUACAACCACUUGUGGAGCGAUCUCUUGACAUCCGAAAAGCGAUAUACGAAGACGUGAUCUCCGGGGAAUUCGAACCCUUCACCGUCGCUUGCGGGACGUAUUUCGAUAAGGGUACCAUGGAGGAGGCGUACACAGUCAAGACAGCAACUACGGCUCCGCAACACACGCAGGAGGUUAAGGCCCUAUGCGUGACGGAGAUGGGUCUGUUGAGAAGGGAGAAGAGAGAGGGGAAGGUACACGACAUGGUGCUGCUGAAGGCAAAGGUAGUCCCAGAGACACUGGUCAACGAGCUACGCGGGCUCGGCAGGGGCUCAGACUCAGCAUCUAGAUGA